ACGGAUCAUCAUCAUCAUAAAACAAAACAACAAAUCAUUAUAAUCGUUGAAACUUUUUCCAACCUUCCUCCCCUCCUAUCUCUCUUGAUUUAUGUGACACUCUCGCCACUCGGAGGUUACAUUUAAUGUCAUCCUAUCUUUUUUCCAUAGUAUAAAUUAAAUUUCGUUCAACCCUUCAUUAUUAUCAUUAUUUCUUCAUCAAUCUUUCAAAAAUAACAAAAAAAAAUGGCAGAGUGGCAUUCUAUACAACUCAAAGUGUUGUAUGAAGUCUUAGGAUGGGUUGCUUUUGUAGCAUGGUCUAUCAGCUUCUACCCUCAAGUUAUCAUGAAUUUUCGACGUAAAAGUGUGGUGGGACUAAAUUUCGACUUUGUGAUCUUGAAUCUCACAAAACACUCCUCUUAUAUGAUAUACAAUGUGGUUCUUUACUUUAGCUCCUCUGUUCAGGCUCAAUAUCGCCAUAAGUUUGGCUCUAACCAGAUGAUACCAGUUGCUGCAAAUGAUGUUGCUUUCUCAACACAUGCUGUCCUUUUGACUGCAUUUACCCUCUUCCAGAUAUUCAUCUAUGAGAGGAGAACUCAAAGAUUUUCGAAAGUCACUAUUGCGAUUGUCUGUGUUGUAUGGUUGUCUGCUGCAGUUUGUGUUUUCGUAGCCAUUCACAGACAUUCAUGGUUAUGGUUGAUCUCUGUCUUCAACACUAUUCAGGUUACUAUGACAGUUACCAAAUAUGUGCCUCAGGUUUAUAUGAACUUUCGACUAAAAAGCACAGAUGGGUUCAGCAUUGGGAAUAUUCUGCUUGAUUUGUUGGGAGGUGUAACAAAUUAUGGGCAAAUGGCUAUGCAGUCAAUAGAUCAAAAAUCAUGGGUCAAUUUUUAUGGAAAUAUAGGGAAAACGUUACUAUCUUUGGUAUCAAUCUUCUUCGACAUUAUAUUCAUCAUUCAACAUUAUGUGCUCUAUCCAGCCAAAAAGAAGCAGAACCUCCCCAUUCAAUCCUCAAGUGAAGUGCCACCACAAUUUGGCUGCAAAAUUGAGGACUGCAAGGAGUGAGAAGAAUCAUGGGAAACAAUUUUAUCGGUGCUCGUUGUGACCAGUAAGAUGAUGUUGAUGGUGAAGAUAACAUAUGCACCGAAUGUGUAGUUCUUGAAACAAAAUUAGAAGAUGUGAAGAUGAGGUUGGAGAAGACAAAAUUGAAGAAAAUGAAGCUGAAGAUGCAAAUGAAGAACUGAAGAAUGUAAUUUUACUACUGAACGCUGAGAAGUCAAAAAAUGGGAGAGGGGAAAAAUUUGCAACUACUGCAUUAGUGUUGUCAUGGGUAGUUUUCAUCAUUGUUUUCUUGUUGAUAUUUUAGAAGUUGUAGUUAUGCACUAAUUUGGAACAUGUUGUAACCAUUGCAAUGAAGAAAUGAAAUGUAAUCCUUGAUUAGCUUUUACUUGCUUGCAAUGAAACAUUAGUAAUCAGUCAAUA